AUGCAGUUACUACACGAAAACAAAACUCUGUUGAUGAGCCUGAAGGAUAGGAGCAUGAGCGCUAACGUGACUGUGAAAGAUCAUUUGGAGAACAUGGAGGUAAAAGAGAAAAGGUCAUCAGAUGCGUCAUUGCUCCUGAUGAACCCGGUAGCAAGCGGUGACAAUGUUGCUACCGGGCUCAACUCGGCUCACAAACUGAAAGAAGAAAUGCCACCACUCGUGCCGUGCUGCGAAGGAAGAGAACUACAGAUAAACGAGGACCUAGUUCGGAGUGGACUGUCAGCAAUAUCCGUGAAACACGACAGCGUGAUACAAUGUUGGAGCAUGUCACGCGCCUGUGAGCGGAUGCAAAUACCACCGGGCCUCGUAAAGCAUCGCAAUUCCUUCCGGAGCCUUCACCGGCCCGACCUGAAACGUGUUCCGUACCUGCGUCGCAUGUCCCCUGAUGAACUGGAAACCUUAUUCCGUGGAUACGCAGACUUACCAAUACGAGGGAAUAACAAAAGUGACGUUCGUGACGAGAAACCAAAGAACAAACUGCCACACGAUGAGAAUAGUCAAGGGAAAGAAAUUGACCAAGUAAAGGAAAUAUGCAGACCAGAUGAAGGUAACGGUGCAAACGCACUGCUCGUCCCGAUCCUGGAGACGCGGUCUGGCGCCGAAGACGUACCUGCUGGCAUGAGACUGCAUGGCGCACGGGCGAGGCUCUACACCUCCGUGCUUGCCGGCGCCAGAGCUGGUGAUCAGUUGGAUGGCGUCUUAACUCACGAAGACUUGGACACGCGAGUCCCCGAUGACCCAGUCCCCGACGAAGAAGUUCAACUCCACGAGGAACUACAAAUCAUCCUCCCUCCACGCUACGAUGACGUCACAGCCGACUCGUCCAUCACAGCCAGCUCCGUAGAACAAAAUAGUUAA